UCCUCGCUGAUAAGCCAGCAAAUGGGCAUUUUAACAUGUUAAUAUCGAUUUCAACAGAGUUACAAAGCUGUUUCCGCCCACGCUUUGUUUUGGUGAGCCUUGUCGCAGGAAAUACACGUCACUGAAUCAGCUUUUUGUAGAGGCGAGUUGGAAGCUUCUGGAAGAGCCUUUCUGUAAACUGAGGCUGUAAGAAUUCAAACUACUAUUUCCAUACAAGGUUUGUCGGUGAAAAACAAACAUGGUGAAGGAAACGGGCUUCUACGACACCUUGGGUGUGAAACCUAAUGCUACUCCCGAUGAACUGAAAAGGGCCUAUCGCAAACUAGCUUUGAAAUAUCACCCUGACAAAAACCCCACAGAAGGAGAGAAGUUCAAGCAGAUCUCACAGGCAUAUGAGGUUUUGUCAGAUGCCAAGAAGAGAGAGGUGUAUGACCGUGGAGGCGAAAAGGCUAUAAAGGAAGGAGGGACUGGUGGAGGUGGUGGGGGUUGUGGGAACUUUGCAUCGCCCAUGGACAUCUUUGACUUGUUUUUUGGUGGGGGAAGUCGGAUGCACAGAGAGCGAAAAGGAAAGAACAUUGUUCAUCAGAUUUCAGUGACGCUGGAAGAUCUUUAUAAUGGAGCUACAAGGAAACUUGCUCUUCAGAAGAACACUAUUUGUGAGAGAUGUGAAGGUCGUGGGAGUCGGAAAGGAGCGGCACAGAUAUGCAUGUCCUGCCAUGGCACAGGCAUGCAGGUCCGUAUGCACCAGCUUGUACCAGGCAUGGUGCAGCAAGUGUCCACAGUGUGCCACAACUGUCAGGGCCAAGGACAGAGGAUCAGCCACAAGGACCGCUGCAAAACCUGCGUGGGGAGAAAGAUCAUGCGGCAGAAGAAGAUAUUGGAGGUCCACAUCGACAAAGGAAUGAGAGAUGGCCAGAAGAUCGUUUUCCAUGGAGAGGGAGACCAGGAGCCGGGCAUUGAGCCAGGGGACAUCAUCAUUGUCUUGGACCAGAGAGAACAUUCAUGUUUCACCAGGAAAGGAGAGGACCUGGUCAUGUCGAUAGAGCUUCAGCUGGUUGAGGCUUUGUGCGGUUUCAAGAAGCCCGUUCAGACACUGGACAGCAGAAACCUCCUCAUCACCUCACACCCAGGGGAAUUGAUCAAGCCUGGAGACACAAAGUGCGUCUUGAAUGAAGGGAUGCCAAUGUAUCGCAGGCCGUUUGAGAAGGGCCGCCUUAUUAUCAACUUCACGGUUGUGUUCCCUAAAGCCAACUUCCUCUCCAAGGACAGGCUGAAGGAUCUGGAGCGCUUCUUCCCAGAGAAGCCGGAUGCAGAGCAGCCAGACAGCAUGGACGAUACCUCUACAUCUACGCUGACCUUGGAGGACUGUGACCUUGAGAAGAGAAGAAGACACAACCAACAGUACUACUACAUGGAGGAAGACGACUACGCCAGCCCUGGUGGUGUUCAGUGCCAGACGUCUUAAACAUCAACUCCUCAUUCCAGAAGCCCGACCCUCAUCUCUACAGCCAAGCACCUUUUUGGAUUUUUGUGCACUUUUUAUUUAAUAUUUUCUCUUAAAAUAAAGCUGUUGAAGUUUUCUUUCAAUCUGAAUCAGAAGACAGUAUAUCAACACCCUCUUGAUAUAUUCAUAUAAUACUGCUCGGAUGGAGAAGAGUAUCCAGAAGGUCCUGGAUUAAACUUGGAUCUGGGUGAAUGGGAUCCCUCUUCAUCUCUGGGACUUUUUUUUUCUGUUGUUUUUUUUUCAAUCACACUGUGAUUAGAGGCGCGGGGCAUCACAGAGGUUUAAGAAAAACUUCUUUCUGAAGAAAGACUGCCUGCGUUGUAUGCAUUUACACUAAAACGGAUGCCAAUAUUCAUAUGAAAAUAAUCUUUUUUUAUAGUGUUGCUAGGUCAGCUGUUGUUGUGAACCAAUUGUUGGUGACUUGUUCAAUCCGUUGUGUGUAAAGACCCCAUCUUCAGAUGACAGGGAGGGGCUGGGGGGCUUUGAGUUGAAACAUUUCUGCUGUUUAACCCUUUCAAGGGCUAUUUUCUAGACAUUUCUUAACAAUCUUGGAAAUGUUGCAAGAAGACGACGAGAACUGGGAGUGAAGGCGAUAAUGAUUCAGGCAUGGCAGUAUUUAGGUUCAAAAAGAAAGAAAGAUGUACUUUUAUUAAUCCCCGUGGGGAAAUUGGAGAAUUCUGCAUUUGACCCAUCUUAGUGUUAGGAGCAGUGGGCUGCCAUAUGUACGGGGCCCGUGGAGCAGUGUAGGGAACGUUGCCUUGCUCAGGGACACCACGGUAGCACUUGGUCUUUCGGGGACUUGAACUGGUGACCUUCCAGUUCCCUGGCCAAGUGAAAGUUAAAUUGUUAUUUUAAACAUUGAAUCUUCUCGAGCUUAUUGCAGGUAUGUGUUUUAAAAUCAUUAGAAGAAAAAAUAUAACCCAAAUCUGGAACUUAAGUGUCUUUGUAUCAUAUUUUUAGCCCUUGGAUGUUUUUGCCAAACGUGAUGUGGGGAGGUUAUGGAGGAACUCACCAGAAGCCUCAUUAAUGUUUCUGCCUGUUUUUAAAAGCCUUAUCAUAACUCAACCUGAACUUUUCAGUUUUUUUUUUCAAGUGACGACUUUGCCUUGGACAUUGUAAAACAUAACACUGCUCAUCACACGGGAGAUUCCUCAAAUUGUUGAAACAGAUGCAAAAUAAUGAGUACUCAUCAUGUCAGGGGGGAUCGACCCAAAAAUGUGUUGUCAAGUUUCUAAUGAUUGAUGCUAUGUGUGUGUUAGGACCAAACAUAAAUUAUGUUCAUGUUUUCUAAUAAAAUGCCGUUUGAUGGUCUCUAAA